CCCCGCGGGGGCUGUUGUGUGCAUCCUGUAUCCAAUAGAAACACUCCCGACCUCUGCUGCUCUGGUGUCUCUCGUUCCUUCCACGGGGACAGGGGAGGUUUGGGCGCCGGGGUGGCGACAUCGACACAACCUCCCCUUGUCCCCGAGCUCUGCUCCUGCCCUUCCAGCGGGAGUGAGGCGGGGGAGGCUGGCAGGGACAGGGACAGGGGCUGUCCCCGCUCAGGGGGGACAUCGGGGUGUCCCCAGCACCCGGCUGGGGUGGCCCUGAGCCACCAAGAGCCACCAGCCCUGGGGGUAUCAGUGCCCCCCUCCCGUCUGGCCCCUUGUGCCCCCACCGGCUCAAAAAUUCCCGAGGUGGGUUUAAAAUCCUGCCGGGAUUUGCAGGAGCAGCCGCGCUCGGCCUGCACGGGGGGGGACGGGGCUCGGUUAAUCCCGGCCCUGCGCCAGGGCGGGAGGCCCUUCCCCGCUGCCUCCAGCAGGGACGGAUCCUGCGACCGCGACACUGCGGUGACACCGGAGGGGGCUCGGGGCUGUGCGGACGGCGGUGUCCGGCGGGCUCGGGGUGUCCGGCAGGAUCGGGGCGUCCAUCGGGAUCGGAGCGUCCAUCGGCUCCCGGAGGCCGGAGCGGGCCUGGCGCAGGGUCCCGGUCCCGCAGCCCCCGCGGCCCCCGCGGCCCCGGCCAUGGAGGAGCGGAGGAAGAAGCGGAGCCCCAGGACGUGCCUGGCUCAGCCGCCGCCCGCCGGGGCCCCGCGGCCGCUGCCCCCGAGCAAGAGCGCGUCCUUCGCGCUGCCGCUGCCCGCGCUGCCCUCGCCCCGGCAGCGGCCGCGGCCCCGCCGGUCAGUGCGGGCCGGGGGGGCGCGGGGAGCCCCGGGGGGAGCGGCCCGGGCGGUGCCAACGCCGCGUUCCCCGCGCAGGAGCAGCAAGGAGCGGGCGCGGGCGGGCGCGGGGGGCGCCCGGGGGGCUCCGCUCCAGCACAGCUUCCUCACGGACGUGUCCGACGUGUGCGAGAUGGAGGGGGGGCUGCUCAGCCUCCUCAGCGACUUCCACUCGGGAAAGCUGCAGGCGUUCGGGCGGGCGUGCUCCUUCGAGCAGCUGGAGCACGUGCGGGAGAUGCAGGAGAAGCUGGCGCGGCUCCACUUCGGCCUGGACGUGUGCGUGGAGGAGCUCCCCGAGGAGCAGAAGAAGAUGGCAGCCGACAGGAACCUGGACCAGCUGCUGGCACACCUGGAAGAGCUCAGCAGCUCCAUACAGAAGCUGCACCUGGCCGAGAGCUCGGACCCCGAGGAUGCCGCGCCCUGACCCCGGCCCGGCCCCGGGCCCUGCCCCGGCCCCCGCCGCCCCCGGGACCCCGAACCGGGCCCGGCCGCGCCUCCCCCGCCAUGGCGGCGCCGGUCGCGGCCCGAUGACGUCAGCAGGGGGCGCCG